UGCUAUAUGGGCGUCGAAAUGCUGAGAGUAUAAAUGUACACAUCACUCUUUUUUUCUCAGCGAACCUUAUAGCUACGCCUCAGUGAGACAAUCAUCUAAAAUGUCUUCAGUUUACAAGUCCUUGAGGCUUUCUGUUUAAUCAUGGAUUUCCGCUGUUCCACUGAUACACUUCGUCCUAAAGUGCCAUUGCGUGGGAGUGGCAUUAGGACCACGCGCGCCGACUGAGGCACGGAAAACGAAAACGAGAGAGUUGAGCAGCGCACGUCAGAAGAGCCACUGGGAUGCAGCAUCAGCAUCACUAUGACUAAAGGCAAGGAGAAGUAAAGCCCGCAACCCCGCCGAGGACGCAGCCGUGGCCGGGAACUUGAUGGUGUAGAUAAGACGGAGUCAACUUAUUUCCAUUACUUCCAUUUUGUCUUUCUUCUUCUGCGGACAAUUAUCAAAGGUGGCAAAAGAGCAAAUUGUUCGUUAGUUGAAGGAUCCUUUCCGAAGGAACCAUGGAUUACGGCGGAGGACAAACUCUGAUAAAAGUAUUUCUGUACAUACUGAUGGCGGUUUCCUGUGCCAGUCACACGCUGUUGGAUCGGGCGCUAGAUGAGAAGCUCCCUGCAGACAUGUUUCCCCAGCUGUUUGGCUCACAUGAAGAUAGCGAACACACGUACUGUGACUUUGAGUCGCCUUGCUCCUGGUCCUUGUCCAAUCACAGCAGUGGCAGUGACUGGCGUGUCACAUCGCCUCAGCAACGUCGACUGGGGCGGCGCGGUUUAGAGCCCGUCACAGAUCACUCCGUCGGGGCUGCUGAUGGUCACUUCCUGGUUUUGGUGCCCAGCUCGGCAGCAGCGGCUUCUGGGAGCUGUGAAUUCCGUACCACCAGCCCGCUGCUAAUGGGCAGUGGGCCGCUGUGCCAGCUGCGUCUCGCCCGCUUCCACCCGCCCCCCUCCGCUGGCAACCUGUCGGUGGUAAUAAAACGUGCCGACUCCUACGCCAUCCUAAAAUCACUGGCUCUCAGCGGCACUGGACACGGGGGCACCAGGGCCUACUGGGAGGAGUUAGAGGCUGCGAUCGGCCUGGUGGACGAGCCCUUUCAGGUGGCUCUGAUCUACUCAGGGUGCCCAGAGGAUGAUGAGGCCCCGCUGGCCAUAGACUCUUUGGAACUGGUGGGCUGUGAAGACGACCAUGGCCUGGACAGUGACUGUGACGAGUCUACAACCUUCCACUGUAACUUUGGGGGCUGUAUAGACAAGAGCCGAGUGUGUGACUUCCAUACAGACUGUCCUCUGGGGGAGGACGAGGGCCUUAUAUGCGACUCCUUGCCUUUGGGGGCUCACUGCUCAUUUGAGCGGGGCCCCUGCGGAUGGUCGGUGUCCGAGCGUCAGUCAUCCUGGGUGCUGACCAGUGGGGACGAGCUGAGCAACGGCAGAGGCCUGCUGGGAACUACACUGCAGCUCACACAAGGUCACUUCCUGUAUUUGAGGGUGAGGAGUAGCCGCGCGGGUGCUGAGGCAACGGUGCACAGCCCCACUCUCCCUCUCACCAUGUCUGUAAGGGACUGUCAGUUGCGUUUCCUUGUGUAUCUCUAUGGAGAGUUCAAUGGCACCGUUCUGAUCUCCGUGGAGGCCAACGGCACCACGGUCUCCCCUCUGGUGUUUGACAGGACAGGGCAGUGGAAGGAUAACUGGCAAGAGGUCACGCUGCCUAUCUCUCACAUCCUCAAUGGGUUCCACAUAAAAGUGCAAGCGCUGUGGGGGCCCAGCUCAUACGCUGACAUCGCCUUGGAUGACAUCACCCUGGGAGCAGCAUGUUUUAAAUCAGAUCUCAGCUCUUUACUCUUGCAUGGCAGUGGGUUUCUGCAUGAACUGGAGUCGAUGAGUGAUCUGGACUUCUUCAGCCCGCUUCCUGAGCCCUCCUCAUCAGAAGUGUCUCUCAUGUCCUGGUGGUUCACCUCCUGUGGAGCCAGCGGGCCCCGGGGCCCCACCCAGGCCCAGUGUGACAACGCCUACCGCAACACCAACGUCAGCGUGGGGGUCAUCAAGGAGGGCCCUCUCAAGGGUGUGCAGAAAUGGAGAGUUCCCGACACCAACAGAUACAAGAUUUCCGCGUACGGUGCAGCAGGGGGCAAAGGUGCCAAGAACCACAACAAGCGAUCGCACGGUGUCAUCAUCAUCGCCAUCUUUCCCCUGGAGAAGGGAGACAUCUUGCACAUCCUGGUGGGACAUCAGGGGGAGGAUGCUUGCCCUGGGAGAAACCCUCUGACCCAGAAGAUCUGUCUAGGCGAGUCAUCUGUGAUCGAGGACAGCUUCGCCAAAGAAGGGAAGGACGGGGAGUGGGUCGGCGGAGGGGGGGGCGGAGGAGGAGCCACGUACAUCUUUAAAAUGGUGAACGGGGAGCUGAUGCCUCUGCUGAUCGCGGCCGGAGGGGGAGGCAAGGCCUACCUGGAGGACCCGGAGAGCAGCCUGGACCAGAUCCCUCUGGAGCAGUACGAGAACGACACGGCAGCGCCCUGUCAUAACGGGAGAACCGGGGCGGCAGGAGGCGGAGGUGGUUGGAGGGACACCACCACACAGGUCUGGGCAGGGAAGUCCUUGGCGGAGGGGUCCGAGGGCGGCUCAUCGUGCCCCAGGGCCCUGUCCAGACUGAGCUGGGACACCUUCGGAGGGUUCGGAGGUGGAGGAGGUGCCUGCACUGCCGGCGGGGGUGGAGCUGGAUACAGAGGUGGGGAUUCAACAAUUUUUGAUGACAUCACAGCAGACGGGCAAGAUGGUGUCUCUUAUGUUCACCCCUCUGGCGAGAUAUUUUUGCAGCCUUUGGCAGCGAUGGAGAGCCACGGGGAAGCUGAGAUCGAGGUGCAUCUGAACUGCAGCCACUGCCAGACGCAGAGCUGCAAGCGGGACGAUGAAACCAGGCUCAUCCUCUGCCUGUGCCACAACGAGGAGGUCCUGGCCCCGGACAACGUGUCCUGCAUAGUCUCUCUCACGCUUGGCCCAUCAGUGUCUCCGCCGGGCCCCGUGCCGGACGGGCACCUGUCGCUGUCGCUGAUCCUGGCCGUGGUGGCGUCCACCGUGGGGAUGGGCAUCGUGCUCACCUGCGCCAGCCUCACCCUCAUCGACUACCGGAAGAAUAACCACCUGCAUGCGGUCAGGGUGCGGCUCCAGAGCCCGGAGUACAAGCUGAGCAAGAUCCGCUCCUCCACCAUCAUGACCGACUACAACCCUAACUACUGCUUCGCCGGCAAGGCCGCCUCGCUCAACGACCUCAAGGAGGUGCCGCGCAAGAACAUCACCUUGCUCAGGGCUCUUGGUCACGGCGCCUUUGGAGAGGUGUAUGAAGGCCAGGCCCUGGGCAUGAACGGGGAGAACUCAGCCAUGCAGGUGGCCAUCAAGACUCUUCCAGAAAUUUGUUCCGAACAAGAUGAGAUGGAUUUCCUGAUGGAAGCCCUGAUUAUGAGUAAGUUCAGCCAUCAGAAUAUAGUACGCUGCAUUGGCGUGAGUCUGCAGAUUCUGCCCCGCUUCAUCCUGCUGGAGCUCAUGACUGGAGGAGAUAUGAAGAGCUUCCUCAGACUAAACCGUCCCAAAGCUAACCAGGACUCCUCCUUGAACAUGCUCGAGCUUCUUCAGAUGGCCCGAGACAUUGCCCUGGGCUGCCGGUACCUGGAGGAGAACCACUUCAUCCACAGAGAUAUUGCUGCUCGAAACUGUCUCCUUACGUGUUCUGGACCGGAGAGAGUGGCCAAGAUAGGAGACUUUGGAAUGGCCCGUGAUAUAUACAGGGCGAGCUACUAUCGCAAAGGUGGCCGUGCAAUGCUGCCGGUGAAAUGGAUGCCUCCCGAGGCCUUUCUGGAGGGCGUUUUCACCUGUAAAACAGACACAUGGUCAUUUGGGGUACUGCUGUGGGAAAUUUUCUCUCUGGGCUACAUGCCUUACCCGUGUAAAACCAAUCAGGAAGUACUGGAGUUUGUCACCAGCGGUGGUAGGAUGGAUCCACCUAAGAGCUGUCCAGGGCCUGUCUACCGGAUCAUGACCCAGUGCUGGCAGCACUGCCCUGAACACCGGCCCAACUUCUCCACCAUCUUGGAGAGGAUCAACUACUGCACUCAGGACCCCGAUGUCAUCAACACUCCUCUCCCAGUAGAGUAUGGGCCGACCAUGGACGAGGAAGGAGGCACUGUGAUGCGUCCGGAAGGCUCCGGAAGCAUGAGCCCUCUGUUAGUGUCCCACUCUCUGUCCCAGGAUUCCCCUCUCCCGCCGGGGAUCACCCUUGGCGCAGUCACCCCACUCCCGCAGGCCCACAAGCCCCGCCUCCUGCUCCAGAGGCCCCAGCAGCUGCCCCAGGAGGUGGCCACGUCCUACCGCGACGCCCUGGAGCCGUCCUGGGCGGAGCCGGUGCCGGCCGUGGCCGUCAUCUCCAGCUCCUGGCUCCAGGUCCCCACCGCUGAGUUCCACCACCACAAGCCCUGCUCCCGCAGCAGCUCCUCGUCGGGCAGCCAGAAGCUGAAGAACAAGACCAAGAACCUGUGGAACCCCACCUACGGCUCCUGGGUGCUGGAGAGCUUUGGCCGGGCCAAGACGACCCUGUCGCACACGCAGUCCGUGCCACUGUCCUGCAGCGCGUCUUCCUCCCCGACCUCCUCCUUGUCUACCUCAGAGCGGAACGAUCCGGAAGCCGCCGGCAGCAGUGGCCAAACCUCCGCCGGCCUGGUGUCCUCCACAGCGUCCCCCACCUCUUCUCAGACCUCCACGGGCCCUCAGGGACCGAACACAGGCCUGUCCUCACGAAAGAGUCCAAUUGGAGGUGCGGCAGGUGGAGGAGGUGGAGGUGGAGGUGGAGGAGCAUCAGGAGGUCCGCCAGCCAGCACCAUGGACCUGGCCAAGCUUCAGACCUUCCCCUGCGGGAACGUCAACUAUGCCUACGACGAGCACAGCUACGAGGCCGAGAGCUUGCCUCUGGUGGUGCCCAAGGCCGCGCCCCCGCCGGAACCCAGCGCUGCCUUCAGCUCCUCACCAGGCCUCCUCUCCCUGGCAGGCCUGGCCCUGGCACUGCCCUCGACCUCCGGACACAAGCCCCUGGUGAAGCGGCAUGCCAGCUACGGGCACGAGGACAUCAAGCGGCACACCAGGCCAGAGAAGCCAACCCGGGACAGGGACUCAGGCUUCUCCCUGUCCGAGGACCUGAGUGUCACGCCAGUCUAGCGGGACUGCAGGUAUUCCUCAAGCAGCCAGCCGCACACUAAGCCAUCACUGGAGGGAUACUUCACAAAGCAAGCACUGGAAUUACAUUUUACACACUGGAACAACAAUACACUGGAACUGACUCUUCAGCAAGCCAUGUUUGACCUGCUGAAGAAAUCAUAAGCUUGUCGUUUUUUUUUUUAAUAUAUAGAUAAAUAUAUAUUCGAAAUGAAUAAGCCUUUUUGUACACGUAGUAAUGUUUCUUAAAUAGCCUUAGUACUAACUUAAAGGGUAGUAGGUACACCCAGGAGCUUUUAAAUAUUUACUCACCUUUCAAGAGCAGGGAAUGGAUUGACUUAGGAGGCUGUGAGACCGAAAACAACCACUAGAUUCUAUUCAGCUAAUAUUGUAAAAUGAAAAAUCGGAGGUAAGAGUUCAAAUCUGAGGUCAGAGAGUUGUGAAUCUCACGAUCUAUACUGUGAAAACCACAUGCUAAGGUCCAACCAGCUAUGCAUUCUAGUUCUUAUUUUAUCAUUCCAGAUGUGUCCACCUGCAAUGAUAGCUGAAAAAAAAUGGAAAGUAGUGUAGCACUCUAGAUUCUACUGAUAAAAGCUGAUUUUGUACUUCUGAGGAUAAUACACUUAUGUGAUCGCCUGAUAGUAAUUUUAGGCUAGGAUUUAAUGACAAAUAUGUUCACAAUACAGGUAUAUACUUAGGAGAAUCUAUUUGUAUCUGAAUGUGAGGGUUUUAGUAGAGCAAUUGAGGGUUAAUGGCUGCUUAGAUUUUACACAGAGAAUGGAUUAUUUUUUAUGCACUAAUAAUGUACAUACAAUCAGCUAACCUGCCACUCUCAUUGGCUGUCCUUAAGAUGUUCCCCACUGUUUUUACAGUACAGUCACAACCAACCACUAUAAUGAAGGGGACGCCUAUGGUCCUGCUAUCUCAUCCAUAGGUCUUAGGUUUGGUGUCAUAAGUUCACUCUAUCUUUUUUCUGCUGAGAGUUAAGUGACGGAAAGUUUAAAAUACCUAACAACUUACAGAAUGGUAAACAGGAUUUUUUGGGGGGUAUGUUAGUACAUUAAGAACCUUCUUCAGAAAACCUUCACUCUUUUUCGACACUUUUUCAAGCUUUUCUUUUUCUAGUGUCACCAGAGGAUCACACAUGUUACGGCUGGUGGUUGUGAUUGCCAGAUAGCAUAGCGUGUUCCCCGGGCCUCCAACCGACACACAGAUUAUACUUAGGAUGAAUGCACUGACGUAUUGUGACAAUAUAUAUAUAUAAAUGACUCAAUAUACUAUCACUUAACAUUGACCACUCAACACUGGAUAUAUAUAUUUUUGGACCAUUGUCAUUGUGAUAUACUGGCACUGGAUGGCAGCACUGUUCUUGAGUGCAUCAUCAAGUGCUGGUUCUCAGGCAACAAGUAGUACGUCAUGUGCUACAUGGCACAUAAUGUUUAGUAGUGAGGAACAUGUUGGGUUUUCUCACAUUAACCUGUAGUUUUAUUUUUCCUCCCUCACUUUUCUUCCACAGGAGUUAUGUAUAUAGUUUUUUACCCAUUUAUUUUGCUGACAUGUUUCAGUUGGCUUCAGGCUUAUGCUUUCAUCUGUAUAAAUCGAACACAGCCACUAAAUUAUCGUGUGCACUUCAAUAAGCCAUAAAUCAAUCUGCUGACUGAAAAUUCGAGUGGAAUUUGACACCUCUGACAACUACAAUGCAACAUCAACGUCCUCAGUUAUCAGGAUUUAUUUGUUGGUUACUGGAUUUGCAAAUCCUUCUGCAUACUUGGACACUUUACAGGCUUUUAGUGGGAAAAGGACACCUUUCUGUUUGAAUCACUGCUGCAUGUCAAAACAUACUCCUUUGGCUCUUUUUUUCUGCGUUGUUUAUUUCAAGACCAUUAGUAUAAACAUCCUUAGCUGUACUCCAAGUGAGUUGUAUUAUUGUUUUUAUUCUUUGAACUCCUUCAACUGGACUUAGUACUCUAUGUAGCUCUGCCAUUUCCAUCUCAUAUAUUAAUAUAUUAUAAAUACCUUUAUGAGUAUACUUUGUGUUUUGUUUCAUGUAGACGGAUCACUGCCACUGGUCUGCAGGGGCCUUGGUGUCAGGCUCCGCAGUACCUCUUAAUGAAUCAGGAGAUGGCAGUCUCCAUUGAAAAUGCGGCACCCUACACUUAAGUGCUGUAGUUCAGUUGGAGACUCGUCCAUUUUAUUUCCUCUGUAUAUUUAUGUUUACAAGAGAAUAGCAUUAAAAAAAAUACUUUUUGCUCCUUUUUUUGUGUUCCAGAAAUGAUAAACUGCUGUAAAUGGUCCCUUUUAUGAGGAUGACACUGUAUUCCCAUUGAAAUAAAUGUCUUUAAAAACCA